AUGUUCGACAAACUCCGUGGAAAGUCCCCAUCCGGGCAUUCCAAAGGCGACUCUACCGAUUCCACCAAAGACACUUCAUCCUUCGCACCCCCACCACCCGCCUACACAGCACCUUCCUCAUCCCCAUCACAACCCCCAUCCACUCAUCCCGUACAAACACGCUUCGCAUCGCUAUCGCUCCAUAAAGAAGACCGCCUCCGCUUCCUGCGCUUCCCUGAGCCCAUCAUCUCCAAGUAUCGCGCCACCAUUCUCUCAACCCGGCCGCUAGGUAUUAAUAAAGAGCAGCUCUACGCAAACAGCCACGAGUUCAAACUAAACGGCUACCCAUGGCGCGGCUACGGCAAAGAAGGCGUUGAAGCCCGGCGCCUGAUGAACGGCGUACUAGCAACACUGCAUGCAUCAGGCUGGCUCUUGACACUCAACACCGAUAUUAGUAAGAGUGCAAUGGACAAAGAUACUUUACUCUUCCGAUUCCAGAACCCAAUUCCUGUGCAUCACGAAUGGUGCGUCAUAGCAUUCAGUCGCCAGAACCGCCUUCGCUUCAUCGACGCGCCUGCUUCGUUGUACGAGCCCUUCCCGGCUCGUGUAGGUGCGGAUUGUAUCUUGGAGUCUGGGUUGAAAGAGCAAGGGGUGUGGGAGUGCAAACUCAGGGGCAAUCCAUGGCAGGCUAGUGGGGAGGAGACGAUGCGGGUGAGGGAGUUGUUGAUUGUGUUGGUCGAGUUGUUGGAGGAGGAGGGGUGGAGUGUGUAUGCUAGUAUUGAUCAGAAGAGCAGUGGGGGGCAGGGUGUUAGUGAGACAGAUACUUGGCAUUGUUGUAGGGUGAAGGGGUGGGAGAAGGGUAUGCCGGUUUAUAUGAGGUGA